GCGCGCAUAGCAGGAAGUUCAGUUCCAAUAUGGCGUCCUCAUCUUUUACAAGUUUUUUCGCCCGAGACAAGACAUUCAAACCAAAGAAAAAGUUUGAUCCAGGUACAUUGAAAUAUAACCUCCACAAGCAGGCGAAUGCCACACUACAAUCAGGGAUAGACCUUAAACAUGUUGUGAAACUACCACCAGGGGAAGAGCUCAAUGAUUGGAUUGCUGUUCAUGUGGUAGAUUUCUUCAAUCGUAUUAACCUACUAUACGGCACAGUGUGUGAUUAUUGCAAUGAGCAGACUUGCCCUACAAUGUCAGGAGGACCUAGGUAUGAAUACCACUGGCAAGAUGGUGUGAACUACAAAAAGCCCACAGCUCUCCCAGCAAAUCAAUAUAUAGCCCUACUCAUGGAUUGGGCGGAGGGACAAAUAAACAAUGAGAAUAUAUUUCCAUGCACCCUAGGUGUGCCAUUUCCAAAGAACUACAUCUCGUUAGUAAAGAAGAUAUUAGCACGAUUAUUUCGAGUAUUUGUACACGUUUAUAUUCAUCACUUCGAUAAACUAGUAGGAAUAGGAGCAGAAGCCCAUGUUAACACUUGCUACAAACAUUUUUACUAUUUUGUAACGGAAUUCAAUUUGGUGGAUAAAAAAGAGCUUGAACCAUUGAAACAUUUGAGUGAGAAUUUAUGUUCUUCCCCGACAGUGUAAACCACUGUGUCUGUUCUGAAGCGACCGAUGACAGAAAGACUGUGUCAUUGAUGUACAAACUCAACACUAGAUGGAGCUAUUUGCAAUAUGGUGGCAUAUUUUACCUCACAGCUUCAUGACGAUAAACUCACACAAUUUUAACUAUUGAAGACUAUACUCAACCCACGUUGUUGGCACGUAGGAAUUGUCUUUGUUGCAUGAUUUGCAUAGAGAUGACAGUGAAAAAUAGACACUCUCAACAUGAACUUCAGAAUCAAUUGUGAAAUAAAUCAAGAACAAUAAAUCGAGGAUUCCUAUGUUCAGUGGAAAGUAAAAGAUGGUUGAGGGUAAUGUGGGGAACAUUUGAAGGGAUUAUAUUGAAUGUUUAGUCAAACUGAAUAUCUGGAAACAUCGUACCGAAAAGUACAUAUACCAUAGUAUAUAUAUAUAUACACGUAUUGGGGAAGUAUUGGGAAAUGAACCACGAGAGUUCUAAGAUAAUAUGUUUCAUUGGCCAAGAGAGACCAGAGCCCAAUGUUGAAUAUAACAGACCAAAAUUCUGAAAAAUAGAUUUCAUGAACGAUUUUCCUCAUGCAAGGAGCUUACUAAAUGUUUGUACAAAAAGGUCAGUUUUUUGGCAAGUCUAGCUUCACUAUUAAGAUUUUGUAAUGCAAUGUUAUAAAGCUGUGCAGGUCACAUGGAAAAUAUUUAAAGGAUGAUGCCAUAACAGCUUCUAAUUAUUACCUCGCAUUGUUGUUUGGCACAACGUAUAUUGAUGUUUUACAUGCUUUUGCAUGUACUUGUAUGAUGUAAUUCUUGCAUAUACAAUAAAACCUGUGUACAAUGAACACCUGGAGCCACAGAAAUGUGUUCACUAUAGGUAGGUGUUCUUUGUAGAG